AUGCCCCGUCCAAGUUUCUCCCACAACCCUCUUCUCAGGGUGUCCCGGCCUGUGUCAGCCUGUUCCCGGUGCCGUGCUGCAAAAGUCAAGUGUGAUGGUAAACUACCAGCCUGCACGGCUUGCGAAAAGGCUGGUCGAGCAAAUGAAUGCUCGGCGGCUAAUGAUCAAUUUGCGCGGGGCAAAGAAAGAAGUUACGUGGCUGCAUUGGAAUUGCGAAUAGAGAAGCUUGAAAAGAGACUGCAGUUUGCCAAGUCGCGCAAAGCAUCAGUUGCGAUGCAUGACACAGAUGCGUCGGCUUUUAAUGUACAACAGAUGGAUCGCAGGGACUCACUUGCCCUUAUUCGCGCUGCUAUACAUCGAAAGGCUGCCCAUAAGAGGGAAACCUUGGAUGUCAAUUCCCUUGUAUCUGACUUUGGAUUCCUAUCUGUCAAUGCUACGACACGAGACUUUGAGCCUAUAUCGACAAACAUGACAUUUGCGAGAUUAGUGUUGGCUGCAACUACAAACGAUGCUCUUCCAGAAUCUCCCGAGGCCUGUCUGCCUGCGAGGCCAACUACUCAUGCGCUUGUUCAGCAUUAUAUGGACAAUAUCUACUCAUUGUUCCCCUGUAUUUCCGAGACUGCACUUCUAACCGCCAUCGACGAUAUGUACGACAAAAACAACAGCAGAACUAUUCAGCACUCGGAGUAUUGGAUGGUGUACAUGAUUCUCGCUAUUGGCUCUAUAUCCCAAAGCCGGCGUAGCCAAGAUAUUCACUACCAGGAUGGUCUCAAGUACGCUGCGAGAGCCAUGAACCAUGCGGAUGAAGCCCUUGCCCCAGGACACGUCACACAAAUACAGUCGCUACUCCUGCUCACGCAAUAUGCUAUGCUCGAUCCCGCGCACUUUGAUAGUUGGCACUCGAUAGGGUUUACAGCACGUGCCAUUGUCGACUUAGGCUUUCAUCAGGAUCCUCCUUUGUCUUCAGUGCCUGACAAAUCUGCUUUAGAUAUGCGGCGUAAGAUCUUCUAUUGCGUAUACGCCCUCGAUCGUACAAUUAGCAUGGUCUAUGCCAGGACAUUCUCGUUCACUGAUGAUACGGUUAAUGUCGCAUUUCCUCAGGCGUCCGGCAACGCGAGACGAGGGUCAGCCUCAGGUGCCCUUUCUGGGCCUCAAUCAGCUGACCCUGCCCUGCUACUCUUUCAACUUCGACGAGCGCAAUCGCAUUGGUAUCAGGACCUGUACCAGUCUGGGUCAGUUCCUCUGCCAGAUCCAAUCUCCUAUGUUUGGAGGAUGUGUCUCGAUAUGCGGGAAUGGCAAGAUACUCUGCCAAACAACCUUGCUCCCGAGAUCCGGCAAUUGUUUGACCAGGAGCUAAGAUACAGCUAUGUUUACUGCAUUGCGCCCUCUGCUAGGGCGCCUAACAUCACCGAUUACAACCGUAUCUUGAUAUUUGAGCAUUCUAUGGCUUAUCUUGACACUGCCCACGAUAUCGCACAAAGCGGGCAGAACUCGGGCUUCUUCACGUACCACGACGUCAUGAGGAUCUUUUUUAUGGCAAGCCAGUUUCUCGCGGUUAUACGAGAUGCAGAAGACAUGCUGCUAUCAGGAUUGCCAGUACCAAUUCCAAUCGCGCGCCCCGGCACUGCCCCUGCCCCUCCGCUUCCAAGGCGAUUGCAACCUCAAGGAAUGAACGGAGAAGAUAAUCUUGAUCGAAGUUUGAGGUGUUUGGAUAAAGUCUCACAGACCUUAAACAUCUUCGGGGAACGCUGGGUAGAUGCCUCACAUUUGAGGGAAAAUUUUGGGCUGAUCUCACAAGAAGUGGUGGAGCGUCUGUCGGAGAGGAGGCAAAGGCGUGAUGCUGCUAGAGAACAGUAUCAAUCACAGUACCAGGGCAGAGGUAUGCCACCUCAAGGUCAGGGUGGUUAUCAAGCGCAGAACUCACACCAGGCAGAGGGAAUGCAAUGGGCAGGAGUCGAUGUUACACAUAUGAUGCGUGGCGGUUACCCACCACAAUAA